AUGAGCGUGGCCGAAUCAUCCACCAUCGGCUCAGACUACGAAUUAGGAGUCGACGGGGCUGUCUUGAAACCCGCCUCGCAAAUCGUCCCCGACGCUGAGAAACGAGACUCUGUGGACAGCAUGCUCUCCGUGAGCUUCUCAACGCCGCUCGCCGGCCAGCCACGCGCUGAGAAAAUAAAGCAAAUGUCCAAAAACCAUGCUGCUUUCGAAAAGUCGCGCGCAAUGCAGCAGAUCCUCGUCAAGAUUCAGCAGUCGCUGCGUCGCAUGCCGGGCGUUGCGUCGGCCGAAUCCUCCGAGAUUGUCCUGCAGCUGCAGGAGGUUGGGCAAAUCAUCAGCCGCGAGACGAGCGACCUGGUGAAUGCCGUCAUGAACUUGACGCUCGACCAAGAGGAUACGGACAAGGCGGUCGCGCGCAUGAGCAUCGAGGCGAAUAUUGCAAAGGCGCGGAUCGACGACCAGUGCAACACGAUUCAAACGCUGCAAGCGCAGCUCAAGGAGGAGACGGACAAUAAAGCCCAGAUGGACGAGCAGAGAUCGAAUGGCAGCCACGCUCGUCAGAGCAACGAGGAAACGGCCGAGCUGAUCAAGGCCCUCAAGGAGACAAAUAAGCAUCUGGAAGAGCAAGUCAACGGGCGACGUUCCCUUUGGGUCAUGAAGCAUCCCGACGAGCAGUCCCUCUCUCGUGCAAUCGAGACACUUCGAGACUCGGCCGAUGGAUUUCCCGUCGCACAAGGUGCGCUCAUCUCUCUUCGGCAAAACAUCAGCCGCGUCGCCAGCAGCAGCAAUAUCUCUGCAGACAUGCGGCAGGACUAUGGCCGUUCCAACAACGACCUGGACAAUAACGGCAUGACCUCGCCUGACUUUUACGCGCGACCCUCGGCGCAGCUGCCCAUUGGCAGUCUGCGUGGUGCCAGCGGCCCUGCGCGUCCACCUUCGGCCGCGCCGUAUGCUGCUCGCAGAGGAGGCAACCCAGCUUCAGCGUCUGCGCCCUGGGAUCAGCCUCCGCCGCCGCUAUCGCAACCUGCAGUCAACUCGUGUGGCCCAUCCAUGAGCGGUGGAGGAGGGGUUGGUGGUGUCGGUAGCUUUGCCGUGUCUUCCUUUAGUCGCGGCGGCUCAUCCGCCGGGCGCAAGACGGCCCAGAAUCAAAACAACUCUCGCUUCAGCCCCAGUGCCGCCGAGUUUUAUCCCUGGAACCCUUCGGCCGGCGAUCAUGGCAAUGGCAAUGGCAAUAGCAACAACGGCGUCGGCGGUGGUCGUCAUGCGCCCGCCUCGUUCACCAAUGGUACCGCCACCGCUGCUGCUCCCCCAAACAACCAUGGCAACAGUAACCCGCGUGACUAUUAUCCUCGCACCCCGACUGCUGCUUCGCGUGGCCGCUAUGGCCGUCUGAAGGAAGCUCCUCCGUCUGCUGGCUCCGACACCACCGGCGGCGGCGUGAGUCUGAGCAAUAACCACAACCAUAACCACCACAAUAACCACCACAGCAACGUCAAUGCCAUGGUAAGCGCCUUCGGCAGCAGCAGCAGCAGCAGCAGCAGCGUGAUCCCCGUCGCACCCGCACCCCCCUCGGCCUCAUCGUACAUUGCGCCGCUGGUGCACAUGAAUGAGCGGUCCGUGGCGGCGUGGCACGAGGGCAUCAUGGACUUUUACGCCGUGAUCCGGGCGUUUGUCGAGCGCCACGCCAGCCAGCCGGACCACGCGUCGUCGAUGAAGAUGAGCUCAACGACGCUCUGGCCCAUCCUGCUGGCCACCUACCACCCGCUGUCGAGCGCCGAGGCCGCGUCGUACCUCGAGUACCACCUGCGCAACGAGAACUCCAAGGCCUGCCUCGUCACCCGCGUCAUGAUUGACUACAUUGUGAACCGCGUCUGGACGCCCGCCGCGUGGAGUGGCGCCGACGACGAGUCGACCUAUUCGCUCAUGGAGCUGGAGCGGGACAUGGAGAGGAUGCUGGGUCAACCAUCCGCCUUCCGCCAGCCCCUUCUCGACCGGCAGGCGGGCAUCAUCGACGCCAUCCUCGCGCGGGAGCACGACCUCUCGGCGUCGUCGUUUCACCGCGCCAAGGUCGACGACAUCACCAGCACGCUCCUCGCCAACCUGCAGCCGCUGCUCAACCGGCUCGCCAACCCGGCCGACGCCGGCCGCGACAUGGCACAGGUCGCCGAGCACGCGUGGGCGCUGUCGGCGCGCAUCCUCACGUCGCGCCUCACCUUUGACUUUCGCUUCCCCGAGAUUGGCAGCCGCUUCUCGAGCCAGUCGAUGCUGCCCAUCUGGCCGCGCAUGGACCCGUUUGAGCUGCAGGCCAAGCACUGGCGUGUCGCGCUCGUCACCACGCCGGUGAUUACAUGCCGGAAUGAUACGGGCACAAACAUCUCGGCGCACUCGGUGUCUCUGGCUGAUGUCUUUUGCAUGCAUUAA